CUGAUCUGUGUUAGUUGUCCUUUGACCUUUGAAGUGAGCAGAAUGUUUGGUCUGCUGGUGCGUUUCCUCUGGCCUCUGGCCCUGCUGCAGUGCAUCAGCGCACGAGUGGCCCUGAUGCCAAAGUUCUAUGGCCAGGACAGUGCAGUCAUAGUGGAUGUGGGAAGAAAUACGCCCUCGAGACUGGACUCCAAGCUGCAGAAUGCUUUGUACUACAAUUUUCCCGUCUACAAGCUGAUCAAGCCAGGCAGCCAGGUUCAAUCUACGUCGACUACAACGGCUGCUCCUGCACCAACUGUUCCCACAGAGUACCCAAGCGACUUGGUCGAGAUCGCCCAAACUAAGCUGGGCCUGAAGGUGCUGCCGAGCAUAAGUGAGCUUGGACAGUUGAUUGGCACGCGCAGCAACAGUGAAACCAUCGACUACAUCCGCUCGCUGACAUCCAAUGAAGGCGGAAUAGCGCUGAUGAAGGAGUACCUGGAGACCCUGGACUAUGAGCUAUCCGAAGAUGUGCCGGACAGCGUAGAUGAUGACGACGACGCAGGCGAUGAUGACAACGCCAUGGACAAUGCAGAUGUCGAAGCAGACUUUGAUGAGCGGCCCAGGAUGGAGACAUCGAGCAGCUCCACCACAACCACCACAACACCCGAGAUGCAAGGCAGCCUCCUGCAACGCUUCGGCGACUUUAUGAAGCAGUACAGCCUGUGGCACACCACCACGACUGCAGCACCAGCCACGAGGAAGCCCAUACCUGCAGCCGUGUCGUUCAAGCCCGUGUUUGUGUCGCCACCAGGCGUGGCCCGUAUGCGUCCGCUUCUUGUGCGUCAGCCUCUGCCCUAUCAUUAUCCCAUUCCACUGCGACCGGUGGCGCUCCCUGCGAGGCCAACUGAAGUGCCCAGCACGACGGCGGCGCCCAGGCCAAGCAACCCGCCGCACUUGAACUCCCCCAAGCACAUAGAGACUGAGAUGCAAUCUCCUCCUGUGGCACCACAUGUGCGGCAUCUAGCUGAAAUGGCCAACAUCUCCCCCCAGGUCCUAGAUCACUUCCUGAAGCAACAGCCUAAACUAGCGGAGCUGGCCAAGCGUGUGAGCACCUUGUCCCUCAGCGACGACCAGACGCGCGCAAUGGACUCCCAGAUCUUCAUGGCCGUCAAGCGGGCCCUGUCCCAGAACGAGGAGCUGAAGCGCCUGCUCGAAUCGGCCCAAACAUUAAAGUAGGUGCACCACGUGUGCAAUAGGUUAAGGCUAUCAUUAAAGAAAAUAAAAGCUUCUACAUAACCCAA